AUGGAAGAAAUAGUCAACUUUCCUGAAUUACAAGGCAAAUUGAUGAAGUUACCUUGUAAAUCAAGGAAAAAUUUCAUCGAUAUCCUGCAUAAAGUGUAUGAAGAUGAAUCUCGGGACAUGGUUAACAUGCUGGGAAAGAGUCGGACUGAAAUACAAGACAUGGCCGAAUUCAUACAAAAGGAGCAGAAAGCUUUUAAAGAAACUCUGCAACAGCUAAAAAACCAGCGUUUUAGCUCUGAGCGGGAUACUGAAUCAAGAAUGUCCACUGUGUCUUGCACAGAUGGAGUGGUGAAUAGUGGUAGGAAGAAACAGAAGAACCGGAAUGCCAGCGGUUCAAGACCAGUUAGCGCCCGUAGUCUGCCCACUGCUAUGAACACCCAUGUGACAAUCGAGGAGGAGAAAGAAACAGUAUUUCGCAAUUUGGAUACUGCUGGAGCCAAGCUGGAUGAAGAGAGACGGCGACAAGCAGCUCGAUUAGAGGAGCUGAAGGAAUUGAAAAGACAGAAACAGACAGACAAUGCCAGCAAAGCCAGAGAACUUAUGAGUGAAGUAGAUAAUCUUACCAAGAUGUUGGACAAAAGCAAAGUGCAACAACAAGAGAAAGUAAUGGAAAAGGUGCAGGAGAGGAAGAAGAAAAAAGAAAACACACCAGAGAUACAAACUAUCCAUGUUGCACCAGCAUAUAGUGGUGGAGAUGGAGGUGGAGGCACUGGAUUGUCAUCAAACACCUGGAACACAGAGAUGCAUAUCUGA